CUCUGAAACGAUGUGAACUGUUUUCAUAAGGCUUCUGGACACGCCAGGCGGUAAUCGGGCAUCUUUGCCAAUUUCAUAUUUUUAUAGGAGUGACUCUUUGGCCUGGGAGCAUUUGAGGGUGGUUGUCUCUUUUACGUAAGCUGAAGUUUACCUUGUUAUUCGAAAGGAAACUUGUGAAAGCAUUCGUUUUCCAGCAAAUUGCUGAGCGAUUAAAUUCUGGUUUUAAGGCUUCGGAGGAGCAUUUUCUACCUGUACGAGGUAUCUGGGACAUAGUGUUUUUACUGCCUGCUAGUCAACAGCGAGAAGGAACCGUCGAGUUGUGCCAUUCUAUUGUGAAGCUUAAUUAGAAGAAAUAUCCCACGAGGCUUCUGUUUUUAGAGCUGUAUAAUAUCUUAAACAUAAAUAGAACUUGACAUUACAUAAACUAUAUUCAUCAUGGCCGACGCCGCAACAAGGAAGGAAGAGCAGCAAUCGCUGCAUCAGUCAAUGGAUUCGAUGGAUUUUAGCGCCAUCCCGGAUUUUUCUGAUAUCACCAUCGGAGAUCUUACAACUGUCAUGAAACACAGAGGAAUAGAGGCAAAAGCUUAUAUAGACGAAAAAUAUGGUGGAUUGCACAAGCUUAUACAUAAGCUACAUACUUCUACAGAGAAGGGAAUCGGUGGGUUUGCCGAAGACUUGGAGCAUCGCAGGAACGUAUUUGGAGCGAAUUAUAUUCCUCCCAAACCUCCUAAAACAUUUCUCCAGUUUCUGCUGGAUGCAUUCAAGGAUACAAUCCUCAUAAUUCUUGCCGUUGCCGCAGUCGUGUCUCUUCUGUUAGGAAUUUUUGCCCCUGAAGAAUGCGAAGGCUCGGAAGAAAACACGGGCUGGAUAGAUGGAUUUGCCAUUAUCGUCGCUGUCAUUAUUGUAGCGUUGGUCACUGCAGUAAACGAUUAUCAGAAAGAGCAACAGUUUCGAGGACUGCAAAGUAAAAUCGAAGGUGAACACAAAUUUACUGUAGUGAGACAUGGAGAACCGAUAGAAGUACUCAAUAGUGAAAUAGUGGUAGGUGAUCUUUGCCAGGUCAAAUAUGGUGAUUUAUUGCCUGCGGAUGGUAUUGUUGUUCAAUGUAAUGACCUUAAAGUUGACGAAAGUUCUCUGACUGGUGAAUCUGACCUAGUUAAAAAAGGAGAGAGAGAUCCAUUGUUGCUGGCUGGUACUCAUGUCAUGGAAGGAAGCGGUAAAAUGGUCGUUUGUGCUGUAGGUGUCAAUUCACAAACAGGUAUUAUCUUUUCAUUGCUUGGAUCACAUGGUGAGAAGGAACUCGAAAAACCAGAUAAGGAGGAUGCUGCCCCACCCCAGUCACCCAUGAUAAAGACGGAUAAACAGGAUGAAUUUGAGGAAAUUUCAUUGGAAAGGAAAGAUGAUGAUGAAGAAGAAGAUUCUGAUUCGAAUGACAAGGAAAAGAAAGAUAAAUCAGAGAAGUCUGUCCUACAGGGAAAACUGACCAAAUUGGCAGUAAGCAUUGGUUGGUUUGGUGUUGCUGCUGCCCUUCUAACAAUAAUUGUCAUGGUCUUACAGUUUAGCAUUAGAAAAUAUGUUAACGAAGGGGCUAGCUGGGAGAAUAAGCACUUGAAUGCUUAUGUUAAUGCAUUUAUUACUGGCCUGACUGUGCUGGUAGUUGCUGUUCCCGAAGGUCUGCCCCUCGCAGUAACUAUAUCAUUGGCUUUUUCUGUGAGGAAAAUGUUGGAUGAUAAUAACUUAGUCAGGCAUCUUGAUGCUUGCGAGACUAUGGGAAAUGCAACUGCUAUUUGUUCUGAUAAGACUGGAACUCUCACCACAAACCGUAUGACAGUUGUUCAGAGUUACUUAGCUGAUAAUCACUAUAAAGAAGUGCCAAGACAAGGGGAGCUUCCUCAGACACUGGUUGAAGUUCUAGUCAAGGGAAUAGCUAUAAACAGUAGCUAUGCAUCUAAUAUUUUGGUAUGUAAACAGUAGUUUGUGCAUCUGUGUUUGUUUUUACAUUCCUUGGUAUUAAUUUUGUCAUUAACACAAAUAGAGGUUAAACCUGGUGAAAUUAGUUUACAGAAGGAAAUUUCUUAGCAAAUAAUAUAAGGAAUCAUACAUGUACUCAAUCGUUCUCAACAAUUCUUAUUGAUUUGGUGUGAAAUUGUAAUAGUUCUUUGGAAUUGAAAAUAAUUCUUGGCAUUAUAUUUGGUAUUUUAUUUCUAAGAGGACCUGCAUUAUAAAUAUAGUUGUGAAGGUUUAUUUGGUUUUCUUUUAGAUACUAGUUACUUACUUUAUUUUGUGCUUUUUCUUUUUUUUAAGUGUGCAUGUCACAAAGAAUAAUGCUGUUUUACGUUAAUUCUGUGUGCAAGUCAUUGAUAAGUGCAUUUACCCCUGCUUAAUAUGCUCCUUUAGAGAUAUGAAGAAGGUAUCAAACAAAUUUCAUCAUGAAACACUAACCAUAAUAAUUUUUUGGUGAUAUUGCCGGAGCAGCAUGAAAACUAAUUUUUCAAGUUUCAGUCCAUGUCCAUAGCAACACGUGAUAGGAGACAGUUUCAAUGCCUAAGUGUAGGCUUAAAUAACAAAACUGGAUCAUUAUUUUUUUGGAAUUCAACUGAUACAAAGAUGUGUUUUAGCAUUUUAAAAAGAUGGCAAAUACUGUGACAUAGCCCCUUAAAGUCACUCCUUAACAGGGUGAAGUUUUCUGCAAUUAUUAUUGGCUAAAAUUAUCACCAUACAAUUUACAUUGUAUCAAAGUUUUCAAAAGCUGUUGGGUUAUUUUGUCUUUUUGUGAUGAGUUUCUUUUUUUAAAAUUUGUAUUUAUUGUGCUUGGUGCCAUUGAUUUUCAGUGAGCUUGCAACCAAAGAGUUAAUGAGGUGGCAGACUGUUAAGUCGAAAAUUUAUAAUUUUUGCUAUUUGUAGAAAGAAUCCCUGUGAUCUUUUUAAGGCUUAAGUUUAAAGCAUUUGCAUAGUGGUUAUAUUUUAAGGUUUUAGCUUUCAAACAGUUUUUGCCAAUGGUUAAUUUUCUGUGUCAUUAGUCAGGUGUACUUAUAUUUGAGAUGCUUUAGCUGAGGUGUGCUCUGAAGAUUAUUCAUGGCUUAACACAAUACAGUGCUUUUUUCUCGAUGAUUAAUAUACCUCGGCAUCUUUUUAUUUAAAACCAUCACUGGGGUGAAUUCCAUCUCUCUAGUUUAACUCUUAGCAAAAAUGCAUUAAAAGAAACCUGUAAUAUGCAGUUCACAUUUUAAUAAUCACUCUUUUUCAUUACCUUGACAAAUUGCAUUUUUGAUAAAUUUGGGAGAUUACUUUUAUGCAAUUCAAAAGAUUUUCCCGUAUAAUCUUCUUUUCUGGAAAAAAGUAGGAAACAUUGAUGAUACACAUGUAUUGACAGUGUUAAGUGGAUACUGGCAACUGCAGUGACGUGUGGGAUUUCAAAAUGGCAUGCUUGGCUGUAAAGCCAAAACAUGAAUUUAGUUAUUUUCAAUUUGUCCCUUUUUGCAUCAGUAAGUUUUGUAUACAUAUAAACAAGAUCAUAAUAUUUUAAGGCUUUUGCCUUUGAUCAUAGUUGCUUUUCUAAAACCGUUAUUGUCAUUUUUUUUCUGUGACAUUAAAUUUUGUCAUUCUUUGCAUAUCCUGCACAAAAAUGGUUAACCCCAAAUUAUAUCAUCUUGCAAAAGUAAUUAACUGUGUUUUAUGUGAAAAGCCAUUGCCAGGUGUUUUACAUCAUCAUUUUUUGUAGAAUAUGCAAUUUUCACAAUGUUUAGAAUUUUUCUCCUGGAAGCAAAGUGGAAGUUGGUCAAGUCAUUUUUUAUAUUCAUUUAUAAAAGAGCUUUUAAUUCAAAAAAUUGAAUAUUUUUCUUGUUGUAUUCUACAGUGUUUAAAGAUUUCAUUUUAUCCACUCGUUGGAAAGAAAAUUAAAUUUUUUUUCAAUCACACCUAUGAUAAUUAAGUGGAAAACAGUUAUUUCAGAAUAAAUUAAUACUUUUUAGACAAAAUGGACUGUAGGUUUUUUAUUACCUCAGUUAUUAGAGAUCUGUAUUCUGUUACGUGGAGUGUUAAAUAUUUACUGGCAUUUGGAAACUUAUUUUUAAUGCUUUGCAGACAGCUUUUUAGUUUGAAAAUGUGUUACUUAGUUUGCUCUUGCACUUACAGAGAAAAAAAACGGCAAAAGUAUAAAGAAGUUGUGUAAGUUUUCAAGGCAUGUUGAUCUUAGUAUAUUUCAUACCAAUGGUAAGUUAUUUGGAGGUUGAUUUACCAUGAGCUUUAGUGGCACAUGCUGGCUCCUUGGCAAGGCUGUGUCUCAGGCACCCAGUCGCCUGAGGCAACUAACAUUUGGCUUCAGGCAAAUGAAAAAAAUUUCCAGGUCGCCUGGCUGGGCACUCUCACUUUUUGUAUAGUGUUCCAGUGAAGUAGGCAGAAAAAUUUAACACGCUGGUGUUGGCUUGUUGAGUUACAGUUCACAAAAGCUUAGACGAAAUGGCUUCGUACGAAACAAAUGGGUGUGCCUCUAUGUUCAAAGGUUGUUCCAUCAUUAUUAUUAUCAUUAUUUUAAAUAAGCCAUCUUCUCUGUCUUCAGUGUGAUUGUAUAUGUAUUGAUCUUUGUUUUCAGCCUCCAGAAAGAGCUGAUGGCCUACCAAUUCAAGUGGGAAAUAAGACUGAGGGGGCACUGUUGGGUUUUGUUCUGGAAAUUGGUGAAACAUACCAAGAUUACAGAGAUCGUAACCCUGAGUCAAGUUUUGUUAAGGUGUACACUUUUAACUCCGCACGCAAAUCCAUGACCACGGCUGUGCGUCUUCCUGGUGGUGGAUACCGCAUCUACUCCAAGGGUGCAUCGGAGAUCAUUUUAGGCCGUUGUUCUUCAAUUGUUGGCAAAGAUGGAGAAAUCAGGCCAUUCACUGCUGGUGAUGCCGAGAAGAUGGUGGAGGAAGUCAUUGAGCCAAUGGCUUGUGAUGGCUUGAGGACACUUAGUUUGGCAUACAGAGAUUUUCCUGCUAAUGGAGUUCCCCCUGAGAAAGGUGUGUGAAGGGUUUCUAAAAAAUCCAACCCCUUUAACAAUAACUUUCAUUUUGCAAGAUAUGUACACACAAGUCACAGCUGAGAAAAGUUGUGAGAAUUGCCGUGUAUAUGACUGGUGGAAUGACAUAUAUAUAUGACAUAUAUUGUGGGACGUAUAAUAGAGUAUCACUAUAAGUUUUUGCAAAACAUCAGCUGAGCUUUUGGAAUUCAUCCAGGUUCCCAUUUCAGUGACAUGCAGGCUUAUUUUUUGGUAGUGAGGUGGCAAGAUUGUUCCAUGGAUCAUGGGUGGGGAAGGUAGUAACCCUGACCUUCAUUUGUGGUAAUAUUGUGACCAUCGUUGGCGGUAAAUUGUUUGAGUGUCAUAUCACGGUAGUUUGUUUGUUUGAGUCAUAACCUUUAUGUGAAUGACGUACACUGUAUGUUCUGAUGUUUAAGGAGGAGGUAUCUGUUAAAUGCUGUUGAGAUUUAGAUCUAAGGUUUAGAAAUCCAUGUAGGCUUUGUUUGAGAAGAUGUGUUGUAUGUUCAGCAGGUGAAGCCAGUGCUGCGUGUGAGCCGGAUUGGGAUAAUGAACGUGAAAUCUUAUCUCACUUGACUUGUAUUGGUGUUGUUGGUAUCGAGGAUCCAGUCAGACCUGAGGUAAGUCUAUUUUGCUAUUUUGAAAUUAAUAUAAUCAUUAUUUGGCUGGGUAGUGGGUCAAUAUUGAUUAUCAAGUUUUUUCUCUUUUUCUAAGAACCAACAUGGUAAAUUUGUGGGUUUGAAUGUUGGUUUGUAUGUUGUGUUUGUACACAAGUGAAAAGUUAAUGUUAUUCAUCAUCAGGUACCAGACGCUAUCAAAAAGUGUCAGCGUGCAGGGAUUGUGGUGCGCAUGGUAACUGGAGAUAAUGUGAAUACAGCAAGGUCUAUCGCUCAAAAGUGUGGAAUCUUGGAACCCAAUAGUGAGUUUUUGGUAUUGGAAGGAAAGGAGUUUAACAAGUGUAUCCGCGACUCAUCAGGAAAGGUGUGUAAGUCUCAAAAGUAGCUUUUACUGUUUAUAUAUGUAGUGUUCACUUAAUCUUGUUGUCAAGUUUUGAAACUACUUUGUUGUUGGAAUUUACCAGGCCUCUCUGAAAUAGUGCCAGUGGUUUAAUACAUAAAGUUGUGUAUGCUUUGUGGAUCACAAACUUGUGCCUGUCUUACCUCCUAAGAGAGAACACAGACAUAAUCUAAGACAGUCCAGGGCUUAUGCCAUGCGCCGCACACAUACAAAUCGUUUUAAGAACACUUUUAUUCCAAGUAUGUGUACAUAAUUUUUUGGACUAGUUUGUACCUAGUUAUAUAUAGAGAGUUUUUCGCAUUUUUAUAGAAAUGUUUUUUGUUAUAAUUUCAAUUAGUAUUUAUAAUUUUGGAAUUUAUUUAAUCUUAGUUUUAAGUAAUUGUAACGCAAUUCAGUCUACGGAUUGCCAUGUUCGAUAUUUUAAUAAACUAUCUAUCUAUCUAUCUAUCUAUCUAUCUAUCUAUCUAUCGUAUGCUUGUUUGGCCACAAAGUGAUGGUCUAGUCAAAGUUAGGAAAGGUUAAAUGGUGGCAUUCUUCAAAUUAGUUCCUGCCACUUCUCUUAAAUUUGAAGCUAGUACCAUACAGCAUACAAGGCUAGCCAUAUGCUCAGAAAAAUGCGGGGCACCCAACGGCUCUGUACCUUUAAAUCCAGGGUGCCCAGCAUAUAACUUGUAUCGAAAAAAGUAGAAUUUCCUUGUCAUCCAGCUGUAAAAGUAAGUCAUCACUGGCCACUUUAGGCACUGCUAGAGAACUGCUCUGAGCAUGUAUGUUCAAUUUACUGAAAAUUUGACCUUUCACCCAUCCUGCUGGAAAUUGUACCACCUUAUCAUCAAGAGAACUGGUUGACACUAUAGGUUAAUGCUGCUGUUGUUAGUUGGCAGUUUGUAGUUUCUUUUUCUUUUUCCUGAGACUAGUGAAUACUCAGCUGUUUUGUUGCAUGGGAGGUGAAAGAUCUAUCUUGCUUUCCUCAUCAGUUACCAUUCUAAUUUUACCUUUUAAGGUGAGCCAAAAGAAGUUUGAUGAGGUUUGGCCAAAUUUACGAGUAUUAGCUCGUUCAUCACCAGAGGAUAAGUACACUUUAGUGAAGGGCAUCAUUGACAGUAAGCUUAAUCCAGCACGGGAGAUUGUUGCAGUAACGGGUGAUGGUACCAAUGAUGGCCCAGCAUUGAAGAAAGCUGAUGUUGGAUUUGCAAUGGUAUGGUGGACGAGUAUUGAUUGCUCUGAUGUUAAAAUUGAAGAUUCUUAUUCUUAUUGGAUCAUGUUUUAACAGAGUACAUGUAUAUUAAUCUUUAUGAUUGUUAUUUCCUACAUAGGGUAUUGCGGGCACAGAUGUAGCUAAAGAAGCCUCUGAUAUUAUGCUCACUGACGAUAACUUCAGAAGCAUUGUUAAAGCUGUUAUGUGGGGCCGAAACGUCUAUGACAGUAUUUCAAAGUUCCUUCAGUUUCAGCUUACUGUCAACUUGGUUGCCAUUGUUGUUGCAUUUGUUGGAGCAUGUGUUGUUCAGGUAGGGUUAAUUACGCAUUUUUUCUUUGAUCAGACUUUAGUGAUGAAAGAAUUUCCUUUAAGCAACAGUAACAUCUACAUGUUAAACCAGUUAUCAAGCCAAAGCUACGUAAGUUUUAAGGCUUGAGCUUCAGUUGAAGAUUUUUAAUGAGGAGAAAAGCAAACUGUGACACUGUUUUAGUUACAUGUACCGUACCUCAUGGUUCAGUUAAUUGAAACAGGUAUCCUUUUAGCUUACCCAUUAUCUUUGAGCCAGCGUGCAAAGAAAGUAGUGUUCGAUAGCCUGGGGCUAGUGGAUUUUGCUAUUGGGCCAGUGAAUUCUGUUUUUGACUUGCCCGACGGGCAAGUGAUGUUUUCUGAGAUAUUCGAAUAACAGAAGAACUGUGAAAUCAAUUCUGGUCGCCAAAAAGCUUUUGGGGCUAGUUGAAAUGACGUCUGGGCUAGUGAAUGCUAGCUUGAGCUUGCCCCAAAAUUUUCAUGUUUUUUGUCCAACGAAAUUGGUCUCCUUUGUUUUUUCUCUCUCUCUCUCUGGCCCUUCCCUUGUUAUCCGCAUUAAUGUAGGCAUUAAAAUUUAGUCAAAAGAAAGAAUCGGCUCUGUUGUUGUUGUAUUUUGUCUCUCUAAGAGUCCAGGUGGCCAUGCAAUUUACAGUACCACCAAAAUGUGCGAGUGCUUGAAAAGCAAAAUUUCACCCCAGCGUACGUGAAUGGGGUGGAUGUACGUAAGUACAGACGAAUGGACAUGUCAGAAACAGAAUUUCUUAGAUGCAUAGAUAACCAAAUUUUCUGACCCAUGGUGCUCCGCUUAUAUUCACCAUUCUUCUUGGAGAUUUAUUCCUGUAACUUACUUUGUCUUAUUUAUAAAGUAAAUGCCCAAACUUUUUAUGGUGAUUAGGUGAGUCCCCUGACUGGAACUCAGCUUUUGUGGGUGAACCUUAUUAUGGACUCAUUUGCUUCACUGGCCCUGGCAACUGAACCACCAACAGAGGACUUGUUAACUCGUAAACCAUAUGGUCGCACAAAGCCUCUUAUCUCACGCACCAUGAUCAGGAAUAUUAUUGGACAUGCCAUCUUCCAGCUCAUUGUCCUAUUUGUUCUAGUCUUCGUGGCGGAUGAUUUAUUUGACAUUGAAGAUGGAUACUUGGAGACCACACGCUGUAAGCCCACAACCCACUCAAGUCUUGUCUUCAAUACAUUUGUAAUGUUGCAGCUUUUUAAUGAGAUCAACUCGCGUAAAGUACAUGGUGAAAGAAAUGUAUUUGAGGGCAUCACACGUAAUCCAAUUUUCCUAAUCAUCAUGGGUGGAACCUUUGUUGUACAGGUAAGAAUCUGGCUACAUAAAACAAGUGCAAAAAUUGAUAAAUGAAACAUUCCAGAUUGUUAUAUUAGAGUUUCCUCACCCCUUCUCCCUGCCCAUGAAGUUAAGCCCCUGUUUAUAUAGAGAAGAGUUGUUUUGGGUAGAACGAUCACCCGCCUAUGCCCAGCUGCCCUGCAGGUUGAGCCAACUUUUCAUACAUUUCCUUGCAAAGCUUGGCAAACCAUUUACAUUAGAAACAAAAGUUGGCUCUGCUAGAACAUUGACCACCCCCCCCAGUUAAUCCACUCUUUUAUGAUGGUAGGGAUGGUAGGGUCACCUCCCAGCCUAACCAAGUUUUCUGCGUAUGAACACUUUCACUUGCUCAGCUGGGUCAAUUCAGUCAAAGUGAGACAGUGAGGCAACAAUACAACCAUAAAGAAGUUGAUGGAAUGUUUCCCUUUUUAGAUACUUAUCAUUGAGUUCACUGGCAAGGCAUUCCAUGUUAAAGGUCUUGGAUGGGAAGAGUGGCUUUGGUGUGUAUUCCUGGGAUUUUCUGAACUCAUAUGGGGACAGCUGGUUCUUACACUUCCUAAGACUACUUUACCAAAGAUUUGUAGAUUUGGUACAAAAGAGAUUCCUCCCUCCAUUAUUCUGGAGCCAAAGGAAAAGGACAGUAAAGCUCGUCUGCUGUGGUUACGUGGCCUCACAAGACUUCAACAUCAAGUAAGAUAAUGUUUUUAAAAGGGAAUUUAAUUCAAACAACUAACUUCUAUAAGUGGCAGUCACACCAAAUUUGUUGCUUUUAAGAGUCCAGACCAACAACAUCUAACAUCUAUGAAGCAUGUAAUCUUUAAGUAACAUAUAUAUUUUUUCUUUUGCUAAUGGUGAUAACCACAGAAUACUAAAUACAGAAUUUGAUCAAUUUUUGAAACAAAUGUGCUUAUUCAUCGGGUUUUGAUGCUUAAGGUGAUAACAUACUAACACAGCAUGCUAAGCAUGUUGGUGAAUUUGUCUUUUUAGAUACGUGUUGUGAAUGCAUUCAGAAGUGCUAUUGAUGGCCGCAGUCAACGUGCAAUAGCUUCUCCUGCAGUGUUCAACUCAUUGCUGGCCCCUGUACGUACAGCAAUGGUUUAUGAUGAAUCAGAGUGUCCUACUGCUCUGGAUAGUUCUGAAGGUGGAGCCUCUGCAGUUCCCCGGUAUGCAAGUGUGGAAAGUUCUGUUUAACAGAUUACUGAGAUGUAGUAUAGUGUCCAAUAAGCUGAUGUAAUAUAAUCUGAAAAUGGUCAUUUUAGUCACAGUCAGUCUUUCGUACAUAAUAUCUCUGUACACGUCAUAUCAUUAUGUAAAAGCCAUGAACAGUCAUUACGAUCGUACAAAAGUCAUGACAAGUUUCACUCAAAAUAACUGUAACCGUACUUUCAUGGUAACUCGUAACUUACCCUCUAAUCUCUACAUGCUUGCUCUACGUAAUUAUCUAAUCGUUGUAUUUUUGUCAUCUUUUCAGUUCCUUGUAACAAUGUAAUGAGUUAGUAGAAUAAAGUAAUGAAUUUAUUUGCAUAUACUAACCUUGUGAUAAAUGUAAAAGUUAAACUAGAUAAAUCUUUGAAUUAACAUUUUCUUAAUCUGUGACAGGUGAUCGUGAUGGCUGUGGACGUCCUGGCAGGGGAGGCAGUUAAAAGUCUUCUCUCCUGCAAUAAUUACUCAUUGAAGGAGUAACUCAAUAGGACGAUAUUAAUAAAUUAUCAGUAGUUAUUCACCAGUAAGUAAUUAGGUAUUAAUUAAUCAAGUAGCCAUAACAAAAAUAGAUUAUUUUGUCAUUUUUAGCUUUGCCCACAGAUGGGCUGUGUUCUAUCAUUGCCUAAUACCCCCUUUUAAUCUUACGUGAGCAGGAAAUAUAUACUUUUUCAUUUAACUUGUAUCCUGGGCUCCGUAAAAUUAUGAAAUUUUCUAUCAUUGCCUAAUACCCCCUGGCAAAUUACUUUUAAUCUUACGUGAGCAGGAAAUAUUUACUUUUUCAUUUAACUUGUAUCCUGGGCUCCGUAAAAUUAUGAAAUUAUUUUUGUUAGAGCGCAACCUUGACAGACUAUCGCUGUAUUUUUAAUUGUUCAGCUUGAGCAAUAAAGAAUGUGUAGAUUUAACUUUCAGUAAAGGCUUGCAAACAAAUUAAUGAACAGGCAUUGUUACUGGUAUGAAAUAAAGUGGUUUAAAUUUUUUAUUAAAACAGGGAUUGAGCACUUUCGUCCGCUGAACUAUUUCUUGCUUUUUUUUAAUUUUAACUUGCUGGUGUUCUAGUUUAAGGACCGUUGUUCAUGGAAAAAGGCCUUAGUGCUGAAGACUGCUGGAUUUUCAUUACAAACUGCCUUAUGUUUUCUUGUGAUACAUAGGAACAAUUUGACAUGAGAUUGACAGUUUGUAACCUGAGUCUUUUGCAUGAACUCCUUCAGUGUUCUUCUGUAUGUUUUUUGUUUUGUUUUGUUUUGUUUUUUUUUCUUUUUUAAGUUCUAUCAAGUUUUCAGUGGUGUGAACCUUUUAUCUUUAUUGAUAAUAUUGCAUACUUAUUACUGUCAAAAAAUUCCUGGAAAUUUUGUGGAAUGUUUAUGGUGAAAUGACCGAUAACAUUAUAGAUCAGAAGAUAGGAGGAAACUGCAAACAAAGAGAAUUACUCUAGCUAGUUACAAUGUAGGUUGUGGAUAUUUCACAUUUUUUAUUGACUGUCUUAAAGAUCCUUAAAACAGUAACAUUCUAGAAAUACAUUUGGUGUUCAGGUACCCUGCGAGCAGAGGGUUCUCUCUUGCAUGUCUGUAAGUGUUAACAAUGUUGUUUGCAUUACUUUUCAGUUGCAUAGUUGGUUUGUUAUAUAUGUGAUGCGAAAAACUUCAUAAACACUAAAAACCAUUGAAGAGAGAAACCUCUGCUCCUCCUCUUUAGUGUUCGUGGUUUUCUUUGUCACCAAAAUCAGUCAUUUCGAAUCCGUGGGUUUGUAUAGGUUAUUAACCAAUCUUCUUACUCUUUUAAGACUCUCUACCAUAUUUUGCGGACAAUAUUUUUUUGUAGAAGCCGCUUUGCCUGUCCUUGUGUUUGAUAUUUUAUUACAAGUAUUGUUUUGUAGAAAAUGCUUAUUAUUUCAUGAUUCAGAGCAUUCAAGUAAACAAGUAUGUCAAAUGAUGAAAGACGAUCAAACAAAAUCACGUGACAUAGCAUUGCCUAAUUUUGGCUAUUUCCUAGGCAUUUAAGAGUUUUGUUUCCGCUAAUAAUCAGUUUCAACUGUCAUUGUUUUUUUUCUGUUGGAACAGGAAAUUCGGCAAACGUAUCAACUUACCUUAUAUUUCAAAGGCCAUUAACAGCGCGUUUUUUAUUCAGGGAAGUCAAAGAAGCCUGUCCACUCCAAAGAAUUGCCAAUAGCAGUGAAUGAUGAAAGGCUAUUUUAAGUUUAUUUUGAUUUUCACAAAUAGGGUGCCAGUAAGCAAGGAUAGAUUUCUUUUUGAAAAGAUACAAUGGCAAGCGUGUUGUUUAUUGGCUAGCAAUCAACUAUUUUGAGUAAUUAUUUAUUAUGUAUAUCCUGGUUGAAGGCUCAACAAAGAAAUUUGGAUUUUGUCUUCAUCCGUUAGUCUGUCGUAAUUAGCAUCUCUAAAGUUGGUUGGAUAUGAUUCUCCAGGUGUCUCAGAAAGCACUGUUGGUGAUAUUGAAUUUUGACAACCUUUGUUGAGGUCUUCAGCAGAGUUAUUGAUGGCCUCAUGAAAGAUGUCAAAAAUCACUGGCUUUAUAGAUACUCAACCGGCUGAUAUUCAACCCACAUAUUAUUGUACCCUUGCUUUCAGUCCAUUGGCUAGAAUACAAGUCAUUUAGAUUUUAAGGGUUAUAACUCUCUCAAUUAGCAUAUUUUAACAUCUAUAUUGUUACAUGAGUCCAUUACACUAUAGAUAUAAGUAAGUGAAUAUUAGUGCAGGGAGCUUCAAUUGUAUAGGCAUAAUUAUAGGUAUAAUAAAGGUGAUUGUAAUCUUGCAAAAUGGGUGACUUGUCUUUUCUAAUGACAGCUUAGUCUCUAAGAACGCAGGGUAGUUGAGGGCAUUAGAAGCAGGUGUCAAAAAGGGUGUGGGAUUGGGAGGAAGGGAAAAAGAAAGGGGGAUUGGAGAAACGUAAACUAGGUAGGUAUUAGCGGGAAUAUGGGAAACUCUUGGAUUUCUGUCAAAACGGACUAUUAACAAUCUGACGACAAAGUUCCUUAACAUUCCUAGCCUGUUCCAGGCUCUCAGAUAGUGGCGAUGAAGCGUAAGUAAAAGGUGCACAAAAAUGAGGCGUUGGUGGUGCCGCUGCCCUUACUCUUCCCAGUUUCCUCCCGUUUCUUUUUCGUGUGCGCGCGGACCCGACUAUCUCGGAGCCUGGAACAGGCUAAAACACUGUCACUUUAUCGACAAUUCAUAAAAUGAGAACAAAGGUAUCGAUACAUAAUGUAAAACCUUUUGUUUUCAGCGAUAAUUUCGAAAUUCAGAUAUUGGUAGCUUGACCGAACAAGCUUGGUCAGUGAAGGAUUUAUUACGUAACUGAAGAAUAUAUACCAUGUUAUUAGGUGUCCGUCCUUUUUGGGGUAUAAGCCUCUAAUAGAAUGACAGUAAAAAAAAAACAAACAAGAGCCAACAAAAGAAAAAUCAACCACAACUAAGACAAACACAAACAAAGGAAUGAUGUAAGUUAAGAGUGAUCCCCGCCCUAAUUUAGAAAAGUAAAUUGCAGACUCUUGAGAUUAGCCUGGACAUGUUUCUAGACAUUGUAAAAGUAUUCAAAACUGUACAUGAAGUUUAAACGUUCAAAAAUUAUGAAUCAAACAAUUAUCAUUCCUUAUUUGCCUAAAUGAUCAUGGUUACCUGUGCACUACACUUGGAAACACGAAAACGUUUGCCUGGCUUAGAUCAAAAAAGACUGUCCGUCGAUCUGUCAUAGACUCUUAAGUAUUCAAUCAAGUAAUAAAUCAACUAUUGUUAACUUUCAGUUGUUGUUGUAACAACUGUGUAUAACCACUGGCCGCUUCGCCUACAAACAGAUUUCACUAUCUGUGGGCUGUGUUUUAUGGUAAAAAAAGGUACAUGGAAGAGAAAAUGAUUGCCACUAACUUCCAGUCCAAGCUCGGCUUGUGCUGAAGUUUCGAGUUGCUGAGUGCUCCCUGUUCAGGUUUUAAAAGCCAGCGCGAAUCCAUCCCGACCACCUGACCUUCAUUCUAAAGGUAAUUUUUCAGUUACGCAAUGGGUGACUUUUAAAAGAAACAAUUCUUUAUUCCCAGCUUUUCUUUUUCCUGGUAGCCAAGUUUACAUUACCGGAUGGAUAAAAGCAUUUACUUUCUUCUUCAGAGCUAGCGGUCCUAGGAGUUUUCUAAAAAAAGAGUCAUGACAGCACGGAAACUUUAAGAUUGAACACUCUGGCAGCAGUCUUGUUAAACGAUGGGUAUUUAAACGAUUCUGUGAAAUUUUGUUUGACGAAGCCAAAAAAGUGUGACUUAACAUUAUUUCAGUAUUUAUACGGAAUUGGUAUUUAAACGCCACUGCACAAAGAGCACCAUUAUUUUUCUUUUGCUUUUUUUAGCUGAGUUUUAUGGAUUCAAAAAAUGCAUGAAAUAGGACUCGGCCAGUAUCCAGCAAUCUUGAGCAAACAAGCUUGCUCAUUUACUCAUUUCUUUGGUUUGAACUUUAUUUUGCUUUGUGCUUGGGCCUGGCCGGUGAUGUUGAUUUGAAACAACGGAAAUGGACCCAAUGCAAAAAUGCCUGAUGGAUUAACUUUUGUUUAAAUUAAAAUUUGCCUAGUAAGCCUCACUAUACAGUUCAAAAGGAUACCUUAUCUCAAGCGAGACUAGUCAGGUUAAUUUUGAUUUAAACGAAAGAAUAUUAAUCCGGCAGCCAUUUUGAAUUAGUUUACUUUCUUCCUGACCAGUACUUAGUCCCCCAAACGAACGGCUUUUGAAGACAACGAGUCUCGGGUGUCGUUUCGAUUGUAAUCGUUACAUGUGGUGACUGAGGUUAAGCUCUCUUUAACCUGGUUUCAAUCGUAAAAGGACAAGCUUAAUCUUGAAUAAAGGUGAGAUUUCUCGAUAAAGGACCUUAAUAAGCUAUUUUAGCUCCUUGACCUUAUCAAUCUGCAGAUUCACAUGUGACCUGACGUGUUGGAGAUUAUCGGGUUUAAAAAAAUAGCUUACGUUGGCUUAUUUUUUUCUUGGCGCAGAGAUGACGAAAGCGAAAUUUUUCAUAAUUCAGGGGGCAUAUAGAGGGUUGCAAAAUGUAUUUGAAAAUUUCUUAUAAUUGCUGUCGUUUUGGUGGUGUUAUUGUAUUCUUUCAUCGAAGUAUUAUAUUACAAAGUGGUGAUGAGUUCAGUUCUUCCGUUUACAAAACGCACUUAACGUGGGGUGUUGUCUAUGAAAGUUAGACAAACACCCACAUGUUAGCAAGAACAAUAAAUUUAAGCUUAAUUACACUUGUCUUUGCAGAUAAAUCAGACCGAAACAACAGUUCUAUUAUUAAAAUAUAUAAGCUUGUACAUGUGUAAUGAUAAUUAUUAUAUUAAUAUUGUCCGAGCUCGAACUAACGGCUGCUGUUUGUGUAUGCAAUUUUCUUUCGCCAGGUUGAUCGUUUGCACGAUCAGCAAUUGUUUUUCACCAUGGGGGACGAAGUAGAGUCCAGGUUUAUUCCUGACUUCACCAACACUCCCAAGGAGAAGUUGAUUGAUGUAAUAAGCAGUUUGCGUAGUUCUGAAGUUAUUGCAGAGAAAUUUGGAAGCGUGAAUAACAUUAUUCAUGAGCUCCAUACUUCAACCAGCAAGGGAAUUAUUGGCAUAGAGGAGGGUAUAAGGCACAGACAGGAUGUUUUCGGGAGAAAUUUCAUCCCUUUGGAUCCACCUAAAAACAUUUUUAACUAUCUGAUGUGUGCCAUGAGAGACUGGGUGAUUUUGGUGUUGUUUAUUUUUGCUUUGAUUUCUGUGAUUUUGGGUGCUGCUAACCCAGAGAAAUGUGAGGGUAAGGAUACCUUUGUUGUAGCAAUGUAUGAGGGUAUUGGAAUCCUGGGUACGGUGGUCAUCAUGAUUCUGCUGAUAGCUUUCAGUGACUAUCUGAAGGAAACUGACUUUCGCAGCCUGCACUCCAAAGUUAACAAGGAACGUAAGGUGAAUGUCAUCCGAAGUGGAAAAACGUCAAGGAUUCUAGCCAAAGAAAUUGCUGUGGGAGACUUGUGCCAGUUGAAUAAUGGAACCCUUAUCCCUGCUGAUGGAAUUAUUGUGCAUCAUAAUAGCCUUAUUGUUAAUGAAUCAGCUUUGACAGGCAAGACAGAAAUGGUACCUAAGGGAUUACACUCCAUUGUUUUUGCUGGCACCCAUGUUGUGGAGGGUAGUGGAAAGAUGAUAGUGAUGGCCGUUGGACCUAACACUCAACUCAACUUACGAAAAGCAAAGGCUCCUACAACGCCCUCAAUUGUUACAUUUAAACCAGCAUUUCCUGAUCAAGAAGACAUCAAUGAGGAGAUGAUCACUUUCGAGCACAAGGAAACUGAAUCUCAGUUGCAAGAAAAAAUUAACAAAGUCCAAGUGACUCUUGGCCGUAUCUCUGUUUUUCUAGCAUUGUUUACUGCUGUUGUUUUAAUCAUCCGUUUUAGUGUACAUAGCUUCUCAACACUACAACUGUCCUUUGAUUUCAGCCAUUUUAAUGAGUACAUCAGAGCUUUAAUAAUUGCAGUUGUUGUACUCAUCAUUGCCGUCCCAGAAGCCCUUUCUCUGGUUGUAUCCACAUCCUUGGCCUUUUGUGUCAAAAAGAUGUACCAUGACAAGGCCUUGGUGAGACAUAUUGACAUGUUAGAAACCAUGGGUAAUAUCACAAACAUUUGCUGUAACAAGACAGGUGUUCUUACUCAGAAUCGGAUGGUAGUUGCAAAGAGCUAUCUUGGAGAACAGGUGCAUGAAGGAGACCCCAGACAGUACAAGAACAACAUUCCUCACAUAUUUUUCAAUGAUCUGUGUAAAGCCAUCUCUGUUAAUACAAGCUACAUGGCAGAAAUUCAGGCAUGUUCCUUCUUAAUUUUACUUAUUUCUUGCCCAUGGCAACUCAGUGUUUCACCCAACUGUCUGUAGGAAAACCAGUUGGCCAUUUAUAAUCAUGAGUCUUGAGGAGUUGACUUUGGGACUACUGAGAGUUAAUUCUGAGUGAGCUAGAUUUCUAGUAGCCUGAGAAAACAGUGGACAGGUCAUGACAUUAUCACUGGUUUUCCUGCAAAAAACGUCUGAGAAACAAGCACGGAAUUUCCAUACUGAUGACAUGUCACCAUCCAGAUAUGGGUAAUGACACAUCAUCAGAUCACGACCCAGAUCUGGGUAGUGACAUGUACACCUCAUCAGUAAUAUCUUUGCUCAUUCCUCAGAAUUGCCAUUUCAUAGGAAAACCUGUGGUAGCCUUGCAAAAUAUCAGCUAUUUUCUCAGGCUAGAAUUCUGGGCACAACUUAAGCUAGAGGCCUCCCAAUGCAAAUCCAGUGCUAUUUUGAUAUGUGAUGCUAUUAGUCCCCUGACUCUUCAGUCACUGUCAAACUGGGUUAUAAACAUCUGCACCUUUGUUAGCAUGGCUGUUUUUUCAAGCUCUUCUCCCUUACAAGGUAUAAAUUUUACCGUGAUUAUGUUAGUAUCUUCACAUAUCAUAUGUAUAAUUUUUGACUUGGCUUUUUCAGAGAGAAGCAGAAGACAAUAUUCCAGUUCAGGCUGGAAACAGGACAGACGCUGCUCUCCUGCAAUAUCUGUUUGAGUUUGGUGUAUACUAUCAAACAUGGAGAGAUGACUAUCCAGAAGACAAGUUGGUCAGGGUGUUUGAGUUUUCUCCACAUCGCAAGUGUAUGACGACAGUUAUAGCUGACGAGGAAGAAGGAUUCAAGCUUUACUCCAAGGGUGCAAGUGAAGUACUGCUGGAACUCUGCACAUCGGUUGUAUCAACAACAGGGGAGCCAAAAGAAUUUACCAAAGAAGAUGCUGAGAAUCUUUUCAGGGAUUUUAUUGACCCAUGGCAGAAAGAAGGGCUCCGUAUACUUUGCUUAACCACAAAGAAUAUCUCAUCUUCAGGUUGUUUCUUAGACUGUUCACAGUCCUCUAUUUUCCCGUACGAUCGUCGAGAUCAAGCGCUUUGCGUUACGGGCUGCCAUCUUGCAUGAGUGUCAAAACUACUUAGUGGGCGGGGACGGUUUGGAAGGAAGCGAGAAAAGUAGAGGGACUGUAAUAACAUCACUGCAGCUCGCGUUCAGAUGGUGUGACAGGAAUUUCACUCCUUUUACCAUUCAUUAAUUAAGAAACUCCGCUAGUGAUAAAAAACAUGCCAGACACAUUCAGCAUCGAUUACGCGUGUUUACAAAUAUCUCCUUUCGAAACAGUGAUUUUAUAAUGUUUCUAGGCCAUACUUCGAAAUAAAAUCGGCAAACAUACACAAGAAAACAUUUUUCUAAUUAAAUACCAAAAAUCCUUCAUGUGUUCGCGCAAGAUGUGCCUUGUGGUAUGAAAGCGUUCGUUUUAUGGAAACAUUGACUUGUCAGUGUCGGCAACUUAAACUAAACCCGUUGUCAAUGCAAAUUAACAUCUAUUGUCUAAUGACCAAUCAAACGCCUGCAUUGCUAGUACAAAGCGCUCCGUGAAAGCGAGCUGCAGUGAUGUUAUCACAGUCCCUCUAUUUUCUCCCCCCCCCCCCUCGGUACAUUUGAAAAUCAAGAUAGCCGUGCCGGAAAGACGCAGUAUAUCUAAACAAUCUCACAAAGAAAUAGGGGACUGUGAACAGUCUAGUUGUUUCUCGUCUUUUUAUCGAGUAGAGACUGAUUAAUCUACUGGUCAAUUAAGAUCUGAGCUGUGAUGUAACAAGAAUAAUAUUUAACAUAAUAUUAAUAAUAUUUCUUAUUUUCAGAUGGUGAAAAACUUCUGGAUAAGAAAGAGAGUGAGCUUCUGACAGACCUAACACUCCAGGGGUUUGUAGGGAUAGAGGAUCCAGUUAGAGAGCAGGUACAUAAUUGUUAUUUUUUUUUAUAUAUGGCUGGUUCUGUGAGUGGGCAAGAUGAAGCGAGGCCUGUGUUGUGAUUGGCUAACUGAGCGGCUGUAGCCAUUCAGGAUUUCCCACUUUGUUUCGACAAAGUAAAAGUUCAGUUGUUUUGUAUUUGAAGUUGGAGAGAUGAAGAAGAGUGAGAGGUCCAAAUAGUAUUUCAUAUUUAAGAUGUAAUGAGCUAAAAAUGUCUAGAGCAUUCCUUUUACUGCAUAUUUAAUAAAUGCCUAAUCAGUAUUCCUAUGUACCCUAUGCAAUGGCCUAUUUUUCUGGUCAAUGCCCUGUCACUGCAGGAAUCUUUUAUAAGCAACCACUUAUAAUCUUGGCAUUUAGGAUUGUGUUAUGUCACUAACAAGAGGGUCAUUGCAUACUGGAGUCCCCUCUACUCUGUAUGUCAGUACCCACCUUGUAGAAAACUGCACCUUCCUUUACAUGUGCAGUCUGAAUCAUUAGAUGAUCAGUAAUGUGGGUUAGACUCUGAUCCCUGACUUUCUCGUGGUCUGUUUUUAUUUCAGGUGCCUGAUGCAAUAAGGAAGUGUCAAAAGGCUGGGAUUACUGUGCGCAUGGUGACAGGUGAUAAUGUCAUCACUGCCAGAUCUGUGGCUGUCAAGUGUGGUAUAAUCAGACCAAAUGAGGAAAGCCUUGUGUAUAAUGGAAAUGAAUUCAAUUCAUAUAUCAGGGAUCCAGACAGAAAGGUUAAUAAUUUAUUACUGUAUGUUGAAACAGAAAAAUUUACAUUAGAUUUUGUUUAAUGUAAAGAACUUUUAGCUUUGUUAUGAUACUCUGGUUAAUUUUUCCAGAGCUUUUGGUCAAAGUUCUCUUCAAGUUUUAACACCUGCACAGUGCAGAGUAGAAGUGGUCAUAAACAAUAAAAAAACAGUUUGAAUUGCCAGAAAAAGACAGUUUUGCUUGUCCAUAUUAGCCUUGCAAAUAAGCUUUGUUUGCGAUGUGUUGCUCUUCAACUUUGAAGGCAGAGAACUCAGCUGUAUAUUAUGAUAUUACGUAUCUGAUAGUUUCAAUUUUGAUCUUUUACUCAAACUCAUGGCAAAAUUUUGGCAAGAAGUGAUUCAUUAAUUUUAUAUCUCUUUUAAAAAUCAACUUUUACUUUAUUUUAUUUUUCCAAAUUUCAUUUCAGAUAAAUUCUGAUCGGUUCAAUGCCAUGUGGCCCAAACUGUGUGUCCUAGCACGUUCUAAACCAUCAGAUAAAUUUACACUUGUCAAAGGAAUGAUGGAGAGUACUGUAAAACCUGCUGGUGAAGUUGUGGCUGUAACAGGCUCAGGGGCUAAUGAUGGACCAGUUCUGAGAAUGGCUGAUGUUGGAUUCACUAUGGUAAUUUCCAACAAUUAUUAAUAUAGCCAUGUAGCUUUGUUUGGUGUACAGCAUUUUGUUGAAACUUCAAGUUGGUGUGUUGGUGGUCAUGUUAAGUUAGUUUUGACUUUUAUAUUUAGGAAACCUUCUUGUAAGGUGACUUCUUCAAUUACUACAAUAUUAUUGAUUACAAUGCUUUACUAAAACGUUUCCAGAAAUUGUCACCCAGGAUAUACUUCUUCAUCUCAAUGCAAAGGCCAUUAUUUUGUAACUAGUGGUAACAGUACCAUUGUGAAAAACAUGGCACUGACACUGACAGUUCUUGGCACUGACACUUCUUCACUCUCUUUGGUUGCAUUUCAGGGUGUGGCUGGUACAGAUAUUGCAAAGGAAGCCUCUGAUGUCAUUCUUUUGAAUGAUGACUUCAACAGCAUUGUUAAUGCCAUCAAGUGGGGAAGGCAUAUUUACCACACUGUCCUUAAAUUCCUGCAGUUUCAGUUCACAAUUUGCUGGGUUACUGUUAUUGUUGUGAUUAUUGGUGCUUGCAUUUUGGGGGUAAGGAUGUGCAGGAGCCUAGCUAUUGCAUGAGGCUAUUGGGAGUUUCAAAGAUAUAUUCUAUCCUGCCUCCGUGGAUUUAAGUCAUAUUAGCCCCUUCUUCAAUGUGAUGCUGGUUGAGAAAAUGUGAGACUUUCACAUUUGAGUUUAAAAUGCCCUGAAGAGCAAGUAAAUAUUUCAGAUGCAUGGUUUUUAGCAGUCUGUUCAUAGAUGAAUAGAUCGUUUAUUGUCGCAUAAAUUGAAUACUAUUGUUGGCUUAAGAGUAGCCUGUUUUAAAAAAAGAUAACGUCUGCGAAGUAUUGCCAAGAUCUUUGUUCUCGGCCCCCAACAGAGCCAAAAAAAUUUUGGAAAUGCAUUUUAAAUUUCUCUUUAACCUGAUUGGCCAAUUAAACAGUGGUGUUUUUAACAGCCAAUUGUGGCACCUUCUCAAAUCCUGGUGCACAGCUGGGGGGGAGGGGGGGGUAGAACAAGGAUUUUAGUGCUGACUUGCAGAUGGACCUAACUGUUAGAGGUUUAGUUUAUCUGUGGCACAGGCUAUAAACUGUCCCUCUGAUGUUUCAUUUUUGUAGAGGAGUCCACUGGUCGCCACUCAGUUGUUGUGGAUCAACCUCAUCAUGGACACACUGGCCUGCUUUGCAUUGACACGAGACAUGCCUAUUGAUGAACUGCUUAAUUACAAGCCAUAUGGUCGCUACAAGCCUCUUAUCUCCCGCACUUUACUCCGCAAUGUAAUAGGUCACAGUAUUUACCAACUAAUAGUGAUGUCUGUAUUGAUCUUCAAAGGAGGUGACUUGUUCGACAUUAUAGACGGCUUUCAGUCAGACACAUUUUGUUUGCCAACUCAGCACACCUCCAUUGUGUUUACAACAUUUGUGUCUAUGCAGCUGUUUAAUGAGAUCAAUGCAAGAAUGUUGCAGGAGAGAAACGUGUUCAGUGGGAUCUACGAGAACUUUUGUUUUCUUAUUAUAUGGUUUGGCCAGGCAGUGCUGCAGGUAUGUAACAGUCUCUUCUCUUUUUGCGUAGAGUUUCUCUGCCUUUGUUCAUUGGUUCUUCUGCAAUGUGUAUUUCUUGUGAGCAGCGUGCAAAGAAAGUCGUGUCCAAUAGCCGGGGGCUAGUGGAUUUUGCUAUCGGGCUAGUGAUUUUUGUUCUUAACUUACCCGAUGGGCAAGUGCUAUUGUGGGGGGAAAUGUAAAUAACAGAAGGAUCGUAAUCAAUCCUGCCAAUCAAAAAGGGUUUGGGGGCUAGCUGAAAUGACUUGUGGGCUAGUACAUGCUAGCUACAGCUUGCCCAAAUGGCAGGCUGUCAAACUCCCCUAGAAAAUGGUAGUUGGUUUAAAAUUAAGGGAAGGAAAUAGGCUCCUAAGUUAGGGCCUUUGUUCAAUUUGAGGCCAGAUUUCAUUUGCCUCAACACUGUCUGAAUUUUACAUGUGAUCUCUAAGGAAACAACGCGAUGGGCAAGGCUUGAACCAUGUUCAUCCAGAUCCGGAGUUCGACAUGUUAACCGCUCGGCCACACACGUCUCUCGAUAAAAAUAUGCGAACAUUGUGCUUAUACAUUAACUUGUUACAUGUCAAUUAUGAGUGGCUUUUGUGUCUGCAGAUUAUCAUAGUGCAGUUCUUUGACACAGCAUUUCAUGUGCAAGGCAUGGACUGGGACCAAUGGAUGUGGUGCUUGUUCUUAGGUUUCUCCGAGCUUCUGUGGGGUCAGUUGAUCUUCACUAUUCCUAAGAAUAUUCUUCCUGCUGCAUUUCGCUGUGUUGCUGUGGGUGUACCUCAAGGAAGAGGUAUUGCAUACAUCAGGAGCUGCUCUCGCAUGGAACAGCAGGUAUGGAUUCAAACGCUACUCUGAGAUAAUGCUGAUUGUUUCUUUUUUUUAAAGAAUGUUCUGUAAUGAGCGUAUUUAAGCGAAAAUGGGAAUAACAAUGAUACAGAUAACACUGUAGGGCCUCUAUAAAAUCUUUAGUUUUCAUUUUGAACAAGAAUGUAGAAUCUGUUUUUCCGUUUUUUGUUAAUCAGGACAGCGGAAUCAAGGCAUCUCUGUUGAGUCCAGUCGAUGACUUGCCUACAGGACCACAAUUUCCUGAAGUGAUCACAGAGGAGAAGAUGCCAGUAUCUGAUGGUUAAACUAGUGUUGGAAGGAAGAUAGACGUGUAGAGUAGUUGUGAUGUUAAAGCAUUUUGCUGUGCUUCCAUUGCUGUGCUUCCAUAGCCGAUUAUUUUUUGUUAAAAGUGAGUGAAACGUCUUUGAUAGUAACAGUUUCAACUUGCUUGCAUGUUGCCAAAUGCAAAGCAGUGCACUGAGCUAACUAGAGAACAUCAGACACGAAUGCGCAACACAGCUGAGUGUACCUUUGUCCCUCCCUCUCACCACCUUUUCAUAUCAUAUUCUUAUUCUCUAUGCUAAGCCAAAUAAUACCUGUUAUGUAGGCUAACAAUUGAAUAUUUUACUCCCAGUUUCCAUUUUUGGAGAAUGUGCGUGUUCUCGUUCACUCUGGAUGAAAUCCCGUUAAGAAAUUUUUGAGUUUGGAAACUUAGGGUUGGAAGGAUAAGUGAAAACAAAGGAAAUAUCCUGUUUCAAAUAUCUUUCGAUAAAUAUUCUUAAAUUUGUCUGUGUGUUUUCAGAGGUGAAGGUUAUUCUUAUGAACAUGUAUUUAUCUAUAACUUGUUUAAGCGCAUCUGGUAUGAACAGUAUUGUCAGUGUAAAAUCAAGGUAAGGGCCACGCCCAUAUUUCGUAAAUUUCGCUUUUCAGAAUGGAAAAAGAAGUUAAAGCUCAGAAGAGCUGGUUUAUAGAUUAGUUUUUCUUCAUUUUCAUUGGUCCAGGAAGUGAGCGAUGCCUUCAGAUGAAAGGAGAUGUUUACUGCUUCGUAGUUUGCUUCAUCAAGGACUGAGCGGUUACAUAGCUUGGUUGUUCGUAAAGAGCGCGUUUGUCUUUUUAAGAUAGCAAACAAUCACUGAGGAAAUAUGUGCCAGCCACCUUUUAAAGUUAAUUUGUUGUCAUCGCUAAACAAUAUUUAAAUAUAAGAUAAAAGAGAAUGUAACUUGAACCAAGGAUAAACUUGAGCGGACCAUAACGUUUAGUUGUAGAGGUUUAUUUAAGAUAGUCUAGGGCGGAUGUUGUCUAUUUUGACCAAGGAAUGGAAUAGCAAACGUCUGAUUUUAGGCUAUCAUUAAAGUAAUAUGUACUAUUUAAAUAAGGCUGUGCUCAAGAGUGUUUAUAAUAAACUUGAUGUGGAUUUGGUUUCAUAAAGGCUAAAAGCCGCAAGGUAUAUGUUUUGGCAGUUUGUAAACAUUAACAUUGCCAAUUGCCAUUUUGCAAUAAAGACGUUAAAGGUACUGAAGGUAAAUGCUUUUUGUUUAUGAUUUGGUUGGGAUGGGGGAAAAAGUGUGCCUCUUAACCCAUCCCCAUUUAUCUCGUACUUCAGUACGCGGGGUCGACAGACGGCAGUUUAUCUCUUGAGUGGUUCCACUUUUCUCUGCGAAACACCGCGACAAGUUUAGACUAAAUGUUAUCACAGAUAUGACGCAAACAUCGAGAACUGAUUACGACUUCUCGGAGAAAUUUAGAAAUAAAUCGUACAUCCAACGGACUUAACCUUUUUUAAAUUUCAUUCAAUGAUUUAAUUAGUUUUUUUCGGUUGCAAAAUAAUAACGCCAGUAAGAAGGCCGCAUCCAGGGUGGAUUAGGUAGUGCUUCAGUUAGCCGCAUGCACAAUUUCAGGAAAUACAUGAAACAAAGAAUAAAAUCUGGAGUGAAAAUGUGCGACACAUGACCCACAAACCUCAUUGAGCGUUAGUAAAGGGAAUUAGAUGACCUCGCGAGGAAAAAAAGGGAUCUUUUUUAUAUGGAGGCCCACAACUGUCACGGCAAAACCAAAAACCUCACGGAAAAAACAAAAUACCCCACGGCAAAACCAAAUACUUCACAGCAAAAGCAAAAUAGCGUUGGUUUUGCCGUGAGUAUUUGCUUUUGCCGUGAAGUAUUUGGUUUUUGCUGUGAAGUAUUUGGUUUUGCCGUGAAGUAUUUGGUUUUUCCUGUGAAGUAUUUGGUUUUGCCGUGAGGUCUUUGUUUUUGCCGUGAGGUUUUCGGUUUUGCCGUGAGGUAUUUUGUUUUUGCCGUGGGGUUUUUGGUUUUGCCAUGAGGUUUUUGGUUUUGCCGUGACAGUUCUGGGCCACCGUACCUUUUACCUUCUUGGGAUGUGAACCCAGGGUUUCCAGAUUAGAUCUACCCGGUCGGUGCUUUACAGAUUAAGCUAUGAGACCUGACGGGAGCAAGUCUUGGGGAAUUAGAAUUCUCUGCCCCGUCAUUUGUUUUAAAAUGCUGCAGGGCACAACAUAAAACAGUUAUAAGGAAGACAACUGGACCAGUUAAGGAAGCCGGUAAGGAUUUUUGUUCAUUCUUUUCGUGAUUAUGAGCGUGGUGAAGAAUGUGCAAGCACAUACUAAAUAAAACUUUUUUUUCACUGGUUCUUUCAACAGUCCGUUUCUCUAGGAAUUUGUUGGUCUGCAGUUGUUUGUCGACAGAUUGCGUGAUCAAAAUCCCCCUCGUCCCAGGCUAGGGUCAGUGAUUUCGUGCCAGCUGCUAAAAAACACACAAAAAGUAGUAUUAGUAUCAAGCUUUAUUCACGGUAUCACUUCAUUUAAAAUGCUCUUCAGUGAGCUGUUUCCAUAAAAACAGACUCUUUGAUGAUCUUUAACAGCAGCAUACCGUAAAAUUCCAAAAAUAAGCCCCGGGGCUUAUAUUUUUCAAAGGCCCUUUUUUAGGGGCUUAUUUUUGGAGGGGCUUAUAUUCGGAGAGGCUUAUGUACGGAGGGAAAUUUGCGUUUCAAAAUCGAUUUGGCUAGCUUGUAGUGGGAAGGAAAUUUACCAUUUUUGCAUUGUUUUACUUUGUAUUCGAGCGCAAAUUCCAAGUACAAGCCCCUCGGGGGGCUUAUAUUCGGAGGGGCGAUUUAACGGAGGGUUUUUUGCGUUACGAUUUUGGGGGGCUUAUAUUUGGAGGGGCUUAUUUUCGGAAUUUUACGGUAUAUUGUAUUGGUACUUGAGGAUGUGGAAUUUGCGUAAAUAUGUUAUCACAACGUGAAAAAGUUUGAAUUAGAUCUGAAGUUUAAUAGGUAAUACAAUUACUAGGCUCUGAACCAGGAUUAGGUUUGCCUGCAAAAGACAGAAAUUUUUCAGAAAUAAUGAUUUUCUUCAAGCUUACACCUGGAUAUUAUCGUAGAAUGUUCUUGACUCUUUCACGAGUUUAAUCAACUGUUUUAACCUUUGACAUGAAUAUAAUCCAUGCGCAGCAUCAACAAAGUUGUCCAAACUUCGGCGGUUGAACAAUAUCAUUCUCCUGACUAAGGCCCAGGAAAAUAAGGCAAAUUUAAGUUUACGAUAAAAAGCUGGUCCUUGCUGUUGCUCUUAUUUUAAGAAAAGUUUUGAAAUCAGUGAAGCAGCGAACCAUUUGUAUUGUGGUUUGCUCCAUAGUGAUAAUUAUUUUUGUUUUUAUAUUUGCAAUUAAAAUUAGUUAUUGAACUACAUCACGAACACUGAGCUGAAUAAGCGAACUUCGCUUUCUUCGCCAUAACAAGGUCGCGAGGUAAGGUGAAGUCUGGUUUUUACUUAUUGAUAAUGAGUAUUUUGUCGUUCAAAAUAUUAGUGAAUUUUUAUCUUCUAAAUCUAAGCUUAAGCAAUAAAAUCUCUCGAUAAUUGUUUUGUCAAGUGAUUUUAUAGUGUGUCGACGCAGUUCGUGACAUGAUUGUAAACUGAUCCGUUGUAAAUAAAGUUGUAGUGAACAUUGUCUGAAGGACACCUUUUUACAGUCACCAUGGCGGAAAAACCAAACUGCACCCCAGAUUUCUCAAACUACCAACAUCUCCGUCAGAAUUUAUCCGGCCUGAUGGCUACACGAGGAAAAGCAGCGGUUGAUCGUCUGGAACGAGAACUUGGAGGGGUAAAAGGACUCGCAAAACAACUGCAUUCGUCCACAAAAAAAGGCUUGAUUGGCAUCAAAGAUGGACUCGCGGCCCGUCGAGACGUUUUCGGUACAAACGUUACACGUCGCACGGCCGUUAAACCACCUCAAAGCUUUGCCCGAUCACUGUGUUACUCGCUUACCGAUGCUGUAUUGCUUGUUUUAAUUAUUGGAGCCUUUGCAGCUCUCGUUCUUGGGUGGUAUCACCCAGAAAUUUGUGGAGGAAUUGAACAAACACGAACUGCUUGGCAAGAAGGAUGCGGUAUUCUUGGUACUGUAGUAUUCAUCAUUUUUAUUGGCGCUAUAAGUGACUAUUUCCGAGACUAUGAGUUUUAUAAGAUGCAGAAAAGACUGGAAGAAAGCCGUAUUUGCACGGUCGUGCGAAGUGGGAAAGAAGAUAAGAUUUGCUUCCUAAACGUCAAGGUUGGAGAUCUAUGCGUCCUUAGUCCCGGUUCAAUAAUACCCGCUGAUGGAGUUCUGACUCAGAUCAAUGAAUUGGUCACAAAUGAAUCUAUCAUUGGUGGUGGAACAAGUGUUGUGAAAGGCGACGAUGAAGACCCUUUAGUGUUCGCUGGAAGUUAUGUUACAGGCGGUACUGGCAGGUUUUUGGUUCUUGCUGUUGGGGAACACACACAAGUUUAUAAUAGAGCAAAUAGCGAUGUAGGCCCGUUGUCAGGACACCAAGACCCAGCAGAUGAUGAGAAAGGGACCCUACAAGGCAAGCUGAAUAAAGCUUCAGCUAUUUUAGGCCUUAUUGGUAUAAUUGUUGGUGUAUUGGUGGCUGUAAUUAUUAUUGUUCGAUUCAGCAUCCAGACUUAUUCGGUAGACAACAAGAGCUAUGAUGAAAGUCACUGGAUCGAGUUUGUGCAAGCGAUCAUUCUUGGAAUAGUGGUUAUAAUCAUUGCUGAACCAGAAGGCUUAACACUGGCUGUCACCAUUACCCUGUCCUACUGUAUUGAUAAAAUGCAUGCCAAGAAAAUCGUGGUCAGAAAUGUUGAUGUUGUGGAAAAGAUGGGCAAUGUGACUACAAUAUGCUGUGGGAAAACGGGAGUGCUGACGGAACUAAGUGAGAUGAAUGUCACGGAACAAGUUACAGAAUGUUAUUUUGCAGAGGAGAAUCACAAAGGACAUCCAAGAUAUUACAAGGACAAACUUCCUGCAAGAUUGGUUAAGGAUCUCUGUGAUGCUAUCUCUGUUAAUACAAGUUACUCUUCCAUCGUUACGGUAAGUUGAUUAUAAUAAUCGGUAAAAUAAAAAUAGACGCAAGUAAAUAAAAUUGGUAAUUAUUUAUUUUGAAGUUUUUCUGGGAAUGUUGUGGUAAGUGCUAUAAUGUUGUAGUUAAAACUAAACCUUUUUAAUGUUAAAAUAUGCAAAUUAUUAACAGCAAUUAAAAGAUAUUGAUACAUCGCGAAAAAUUAGUUCCAAGCAAUGCAGUUUGAGCCGAUUUAAACUGUGCUAGAACAAAGUUCUUAUGCAAAGGUAUGUGCCGCAGAAGGUGAAUUCGGCAUCAUCAAGCAGAUCAAGGACCUUCGAGACGUACUAUUGACACGACAGAAACACAAGCCCGUUUGUUUGUUUGUAUAAAGUCUAUGACGUUAAUUGUAGAAUGACAGUGUUGUUUUAAACAAUGACAGGUGACCAGUGGAUUGUGACUCUUUCAGAGAUAUCACAACAAUAACUUGCGAUCUUUAGAUGUUUUAAGUGGAAAAUCCGCAAAUCUAAAAUAUGUGUAGUCACAGCUCUUUGACAGUUCAAAGCUAUAUUGUAGAACAAAUUCCUGUUUCUCAGAAAAUUGCCAGACUGGAUUUCCAGAAACAUGAGUACAUUUAAUAUUGCUGGCGCGCAUGAAUAUAGCUCAAAUCAAGUGCUUUUUAACGUUGUAUAACAAUAUAUUAGAUUAAGCCUCUCACUCCUAGUAGUUGCCAAAACACAAGUCACAAGAAAAUUCACAUUAAUCGUCGAAUAUCCUGCAAAAGUUAGUGAUUAUAAGGAAAUAAAUCACCUGGGGAAUGAAUGAAUCUUUUAUUUGUUUUUGUUGCCUGGAGGAGUGAUCCGGUUCCAAGCACAAUCAAAUUUAAAUUAAUUCAAUUCCAAUUUCAAUUCAAGUUUAUCACAGUAAAAUGAUAAAAAAAGACAUGUACAUACAAGUUACUGUAAAUUUAAUUGACAAGACGGAAGUUUCACGUCUCUUAUUUUAACUUUAUCUCUGUUUCCGUCAGGCUUCAGGCCCUCAGUGUUCCUCCAAGCAAAUAGGUGACAGAACAGAAUGUGCCCUCUUACAAUUAUCACUGGAUCUGGAAACGUAUUACCCAUUUAUACGCAAAGACCAUCCUGAAGAAUCAUUUGUUAAAGUGUUCCAUUUCUCCUCGGAACGUAAGUCCAUGACAACAGUUAUUCCUGAUGGUGAUGGCUUCAAAAUUUACUCAAAAGGCGCGCCUGAGGUUAUUCUGAAAAAGUGCGCGAGCAUUGUGCGGCGUGAUGGAAGCAUUGGAAAGUUUCUUCCAGAAGAUGAAGUCAGAAUUGAAAGAGUCGUCAAAAACAUGAAAGAGAAGAGCCAAUUGAAAGUGAUGUGUAUAGCGUACAGACUCGUAUAUCCCUCAGGUGGGUACAACGUAUUGAAUAACAGGUUUUGUGAGGCUCUCGUACCAUUAGAGUCAUUAGGGGACACUUGAAAUGACUCUAUUCUUUUCGUUUCUUUAAUUAUUUUAUGAAAGUGUUACUGCCAUUGUCAGAAAAACGUAUUCAUUUUAACUAUGGUUUACACUUUUGUUUAAAUCUAUCCCUAUCAGAGCGAAAGUAAAUAAAGGGUGUUUUGGCCCACACAACUUUUGUUGUUUUUACUAUUUAUAGGGGAGACCAGGGUACCAAACUGGGACAACGAGGAAGAAGUGACGUCACAGUUGAUUUUGCUUGGACUUGUGGGUAUCGACACGUUGGACGAAUUCGUAAGUAAAAGGGUCAAAGAAAUUUUAAAAGUUGUCAUGUCGAAGAAAAUACUAAAAUGUCUAUUGAAACAUCUAUAAAGCUUAUGGAUUUUAAUUCGAAUGCGUGUUUCUUUUUUUCUUUCAGACUCAAAGUACAAAACGUGCUGUGGAAGGAGAAUUGGGUGAAAAGACAUUUAAGAGUUUCCAAGACCGGAAGGCAUAUAAAUUAAGAAACUUCAAACAGCCCCAUUUUGUGGAGGAUCUUUGCAGAGGAAUAGCUGUCAAUACAAGUUAUUCGUCGAAUAUUGAGGUGAACAGUGCGUACGCAUACUAUUGUAGUGAAUGAAAAAAAGGACAACAUAUAUUGCGUUAUCACGUUUCUAUAAUUGACAGCGAAUAAAUUUUCCUUUGUGCAGAAUGAAGACGCAGACAAUCUUCCUAAACAUAUUGGUGACAGCGUUGAUGGGGCACUACUGCAGUUUGUACUUGAAAUAGGCGAAACUUACCAAGUAUGGAGAGAUGAAUAUCCUGAAGAUACACUGGUUCAUAAGUGGCAAAGCCCCCGGGGAGUACCCCCAAGUGAAGAGUUUACUGCUGUAGUGAUUCAUCUCAAGGAAGGAGGUGGAGCUGGUUACAAGCUGUACUGCAUGGGAGGAGUAGAUUUUGUGUUGUCUCGGUGUUCAAACAUGGUGCUUCCUUCACUGGAUAAAAAAAGGUUUGACGACGACGAUAAAAACAAAACGAGGAAGCAAAUUUCUGAUCUGGUGAAGAGAAAGCCGUCGAUUGAAGUGGUUUGUCUGGCAUCCAAAUAUUUCCCUUCUGAUGGUGAGCAUUUCUCCCUUGAUCAUUAGGCGCAAUUUACUUGUAGUAUGUGGACUUAAAAUUGAAGGCAAAUUUAUUUGCCCAAUAUUUGAAGACUAGUUUUGUCUAGUCGAAAUAUUGGGCAAUUAAAUUACCAAUCCUUAGCUGUCCGAUUAUAUUCUAUAUCACUGAUCCUAAUCUACACCAACAUCCGGCUUUCCCUCGCUUCUGUUUGUCCGAGUGGUCCUUGCAAGAAUUGUUCAGUAAGUAGACUAACGGCCCAUCAUCAGAUUGGUCAACAUCAUUGUCAUCAGGCUCAUUAUCAUCGUGUCAUCAGCGUUAUCGCCAUCAUAUUAUCAACAUCAGGCUCACCAUCAUCAUCAUCAUCAUCAGCAGCAGCAGCAGCACCAUUAUCAUCAUCGUUAGCCUGCGUAGCUGGCGGGAUUCUUGUGUCCGGGCGACUUUCUUGGCGCGGAGCCGCCACGCGAAGCGAGUAACGAAGCCGCGAGGGAAAAUCCAAAUUGACUUGUAUACCCACCCUGCUCGCGGCUCCGCCGAUAAAACAAUACAGCACUCGCACCCAGGUCCCGCCAGCUGCGCAGGCUAGAUCAUCUUCAUCGUGAACAUCAUCUUCGUAGUCGUUUUCUUGAUAGAAAGUUUGUUAAGUUUGGGUCCACCAUAUCUACCUGACCAUAAAAAUGCCAUGAGAGAGCUGGUUUUCAGUCCCAAAUCUAAAAUAUCACCAGUGUAUAGUUGGGAUGUUGAUUACUCGGACAGUUGUUUUUCAGUCCUGCUCGUUGCCUACGGAUAUGCAAGUGUCUAAACAAGAUAAAUGGUUUGCGGAGCUCUGCGAUCCCUGAUGAAUGUGUUUGUGUAAUCAAAAUCUUACUAGUCUCAGUUAAUAUUACUUACAGUAUAGUUUGUUCGAUCCUCAGACCAUAAUUGGGAUGACGAUAAUGUCUUGUCAGACCUCACAUUUGUUGGCUUUCUCGGCAUCGAAGAAACAGUUCGAUCACAGGUAUUCACCAAUUAUUGUAGUUCUGUGUUUUAGGCAAUAUGCAUGGUAUUUACAGAAAAUGUUUAGAACGCUGAACUUAUAACUAACAGUGCGUAAUAAUUUAUUGACAAAUUCACGACCACGUAGCAAACAGUGUGAUUUCCAAGCCUGAUUGUGAAAAUCCCUGCUUCAAUAAAAUGCAUGUACAUACUGAAUGUUUGUAUUCUCGGAGACUGAGUUGAGGUAACUGACCUACUUAAUGUUGGCCCGUUGGUUGCUUAAACCAAGACAGUUUUACCCAUUGAUUUGGUUUCCUGUAUUUCCUUUUGCUCAUCAGAAGUUUUAGUCAUUCGUGGUUUAUGGAGUUAGAGCCAAUUAUAUAAUCAGAUGGCAAGGAUUGAAAUGACCUCACUCAGACUCGAGUCAAGGGUUUCUUCUCAAUCAAAAUAGCUUCAAUCUCAUGUUUUCAUAGUCUUAAAUGUUUAGGAGUUGAACAUGUCUGACGAUUUCUGACAUCUCUCCCCGUCCGAGCUCCCAGUUACCUCUGAGACAACACAGGGGUUUUGGCAAAUGCGUUAUAGAAUUUUUUUUUUAAUUGUCCUGGUAAAGGUGCCGGAUGCUAUUCAAGAUUUGAACGGUGGAGGUAUUAAAGUGUGUAUGGUGACUGGUGAUAACCUGAGUUCAGCAGCUGCAUUCGGAUUCAAGAGUGGCUUGUUAUCUCCAACAAAGGAAUGGACAUAUUAUGGAUGUGACAGCAAAGUUUUAAACAAUGUAAGUUGUAUUUAUCAAAAUGAAGCAUCAAGCGGAACAAUUAGCUUCUGAUAAUCGUUGCAAUCGUUUCAAUAUUUGCAAGCCUUACCUUACAGGUUUAAAUUGCAAGGCGGAUUGCCUGGUAUAAGAUCUUAUAACACUUACAGGACAUUGAUAUCUUCCGUGUAAUCGUCUUUUGGUAGCCAGCUAUAUAAACUCUACUGAGUUAAACUGAAGUGAAAGUAAUCACAAAGUUUUUGCGUUUUCUUUUUCUAGUGAAAACAAACCCUACGUUUCUGAUAACAACUGAGCUUACUCGAUUAUUGUAUAGAAAUUGAGGAGAACAACUACAACUGAGAAUGUUAUUUGGAAACUUGUUUCCCUUAAAACUAACAUCCUUAUCAUGAGACAACCUUUCUUUCUCUGACUGAAGGGGUUGAAAAACACUAUAACAAAUUUGUCUUUACGGUUAUAUUUAUUCAUAUUUAAUUUAAUUUAAUUUAAUUUUUUCCGUUCAGGUUAAUCAAAAUGGGUUUGACGAUUUGUGGCCAAAUGGCCUUCGUAUCUUGGCAACCGCAGGUCCCGCCGAAAGACUGAAAUUUGUAAAUCACAUCAUGAACACGCGCUCUGAGCGAGAGGUUGUGGCUGUGACUGCAUCUGGUGUGAAUGAUAAUAAAGUCUUGAGAGCUGCUGACGUGGGACUCACAAUGGUAAUUGUACAUAAUAUAUGUGCAGUUGAAUUGAUAGAUUUUGCAAUAGUGGCUAAAGAAUAGAUUAAAAGUCUGAUAGAUACAUCAAUCUAUGGUCGUGAAUUAAUGUAUGUAUUUGUGAGUGAAUUGAGAGAAAGAAAGAAGGAAAUAAAGGGAGAAAGAAAGAGGGAAUGAAUGAUUGAUUGAUUGAACGAAGGAACCAAUGAAUUAAUGGACGAACGUACCAAUGGCGUUUAAAAAUAUAUUUACCCUUACUCCCGUUUGUUGCUUAUGCGCUGCCAGAAACCUGAGUCGCUUUACCGAUCUAAAGUCUAACGCGCGCAGCUUUGAGUAAGUUUAGAUAAUUGAAACAUAAGGAGUCGAUAUUAAGCCACUGCAGGCCUUGACUACUAAAACAUAUUAUGCUGAUCAGUGAAAGUUGAAACCUCCACCGGUCAUGGGCAGCUCGGUUCAUUGUUCGCCGUGCUCAGCUUAUCAUGAUUCUCUGUCCCGGUAUCGUAGGGUGUGUCAGGCACAGAUGUAGCAAAGGAAUCAGCAGAUGUAAUACUUCAGGAUGAUAAUUUUUCCAGUAUUGUUAAAGCUGUUAAGUGGGGGAGAAACAUGUACGAAACAAUUCUCAAGUAUUUGCAGUUCCAGUUCACUGUCACCUGGGUCGCUAUUAUCGUGGUGGUUGUUGGAGCUUGUGUAACAACGGUUUGUAUGCAUUUUACCAUCUUUAUUGCAUCCGCAUGCUGUAGAGGUUCUCAACGCAAGGUUAAGGAGCGCGUGAAAAUGAACAAUUUUAAUUCAACGUGUUAAAAAUACAAAAAACGCCUCUAGUUUGUUCCUUGGGAUAGUAUGACUUCGUCACCUCGUGCGAUUUCUAACCACACCAUAAGUUGUUAUUCGGGCUUGUUCCAUCACAUAACAUCACAUAAGUAAAACCCAUCUACUCUCAAAAAUUUAAAAAAUGCCCAACUGUAUAUUCUCCUUUCUCGCCAUCCUUUCUUUACCAUGGCAUGGCGGGGGAUGGGGAGUGUGUUGCAGGGUUGCCAAUGAGAAAGAAACAAUCUUGAAUUAUCAUGUCCUAGAUUCAAAUCACCUCCUUGAUUGUAGAAGUAUCUACGUUUCAAGGAGAAAUUUGUUGCUUAUCACCGAAGUACCUAUUUAAAGGAGAGUGAGAUUCUUUGCUUAACAGCUACUUGCAGCGCCCCUAGGUAAGGUACGGUAAAACUGUAUAGCCACUCUUUUUAUAUUUUUUACAGCGAAGUCCACUAUCAGCUACUCAGCUUCUUUGGGCCAACCUUAUCAUGGAUGGAUUGGCUUCUUUGGCCCUAACACGUGACCCACCAUCCAAUGAAGUGCUGACUCAUAAGCCAUAUGGUCGCCACAAGCCCCUGGUUUCACGCGCUGUCAUUAAGAAUGUGAUUCUUCACUCCAUAUUUCAGUUGACCGUCAUGUUUGUGUUGAUUUUUGUAUUUCCUGAUUUCCUGGACAUGAGAGAUGGUUACGACGAGUCCAGUGUCUGCCGUCCAACACAGCACGGCACCAUGGUUUUUACCACCUUUAUUUUCAUGCAAUUGUUUAAUGAAAUCAACUGCAGGCGAGUUCAGGACCGAAACGUUUUUUAUGGUCUUUUGUAUGCGCGGAAGCUGAAGGAUAUUAACGUCGUUUUUAUAAUCAUCUGGAUUCUUUCAUUUGGUACACAGGUAAAGCACAGUUCGACGGUUAUUACACGUUAAAAUGCUAACUGAAGAGGACCAUCCCCCAGUAGAAUCUGCCCUCAAUUAAUUGCACCAAUAAUACAACACAAACUGCAUUGGAGAAAAUGUACUUAGACUUUCAAAGUUUUAAAGACGUGAUAUCUUUUUCUUACAAAUGAGGAAGAGAUUCCUUGUAAAGGUUGGCAUUAAGAGGUUUAACACUUUGUACGGUACUUUUUUAGUUCUAGCCUGCAUAGCAGGUGUCGAAUGGGGUAGAGGAUUGGGAGGAAGGGAAAAAGGGAGGGGGAUUGGGGGAGAGGGUAUUAAAGGGACCUUCCUUUCUUUUCCCUUUCGCGCUUUUCUCCUUCUCCAACUCCCCCUUCCCCUUCCCCUUCCCCUCCCCCUUCCCCUUCCCCCUUCCUUUUUGCGCCUGCCACGCAGGCUUAGUUCCGCAAACACCCGUCAUCGGUUUCUGCACCGUUCGAGCCCAGGGAAACCACAAAUUGCCCAUGUCCCCUUGAUUUUCAUUCUCUCGAAAGUCUAUGAGUUGGCAAAUUUACUUUAUCAAUUAAGUUGAUCAAACCACAUUUUUAAACUGGCUUAAUGUUGACCCUUGAUCUUUUACAGCUGAUUAUUGUAGAGUUCUUCACUUACUCCUUCCGUGUUGUUGAUAUGGACUGGGAUCAGUGGAUGUGGUGUUUGUUUUUCGGGUUUUCCGAGCUAAUCUGGGGGCAAUUGGUAUUUACGGUUCCAAAGUCAGUGAUUCCACGUCAGAUAAGAUGCUGCUCUGAUGGAAUAUCCAGUAACAAAGCAAGCUGCUGGAAAAAACUUGCCCGCAUCCGUGGUAUUUCUAAAGUUCGUAAACAGGUCAGUCUGGUUUUUAACGGAUCUGGGGCCCGUUUCUCGAAAGUUCCGAUAAUUAACGGGCCCGGUAAGCUGUCUCCGUUUACAGUAAAGAUCGAGGUUUCAAUAGUUUUGCAUCUAACAUGAUCAAACUGUCAGUUAAUGAAACUAAAUGGAGUAGUUUGCUAGCCAGGACCCGCGCUCUUAUUCUUUAUAUUUCGAUUUGAAUAUUUGAUUUCGGGCCCGUAAAGUUACCGGGACUUUCGAGAAACGGGCCCCUGAUGCUUUGGCGAAGUAAUGCCUUUGUUUCUCAGUCAAUCAAACUUCUCGUUAUUCUUUUAGAACCAAACGAUGUACAAGUAUGGAAAUCAAAAUGGUGUGAGAUCCUUUGAGAACACAGUUACUCCCGAGGGCUCAGAAGAAUUCAGAAUGGCAGAGUUGCCUUAAUUAGCUGGAGUCAAUUUACAUUAAUUAUAUGGGACUGCUAUAACCGAAACCAAGAGGCUCGUUAUUUUGAUGAACGAAAAGGUUAAAAAUAGUAUAAUUUUCGUACUGCCAGUGAUCAGGUUCCUGAAGUAUAACCAUACCAAAGAAAAUUGUUGAAUAUUUCUUUCUUCAGAUCAUGUAUAAAAUGAUGAAGACUUAUGCUAAUAGUUUAGGGAUUUUAUCGCUUCGUUAGGCGGAACCUUAUUUACCAGUUGUGGUUCACUUUCACCCUCGACAUCUUCCACUCAACCUCCCCCCACUGAAAGAAAAAUAGUUUUCGGUAAAUGGUAUUUCCUUACAGUUAAGUUGGUAAAAAGCUUACAAUUGUAGGGAGUUUUCAGGUUAACCACUCUUUCAGUUUUUGUAUUUAAUUUGUAUGAACCAUGAUACCUUCUAUGAUAAACAUCCAUUCUAAUGAACCAACUUGUAAACAAAAAAUUCGCGAUAAAUCCGACAAUGCGGGCACCAUACGUUAUCCACUCGGUAUAGAGAUAUACGUCAAUUUCUCGCCAUUAGCCUGUCCUUAUUUUAAAAUAAAUAAUUUACUCGCGUGCUUUAAUAUAUCGUAAAGAUAAAAUAGCCCGAACUUAGUUGAAAAUAGUAGGAAAACAGCUUUGUUCUAGAAGCUGAUAAAAUAAGCUUAUCGUACGCAUUUAAUGCUGUGCUAAUGUACUGGAAUUGUAGAGUUUUGUAUUUUUAUCCAGUUAUUGUUUGCAAAACAAAUAGAACAGCCUUACGUAUCUCCUUAGAACUCUGCAUCACGUUGUUGAUAAUAAAUGAUAACAAAACAAAGCUAAUGGUCUGUAAAAACUAAAGAAUUUAUUUUACAGUUUUAUAAUGCUUUCACUGAAAAAAAGUGAAGGGAGAUUGUUUCACUACCUCCCAACUGCAACCUCUUCCUUGAG